UUUCUGGCUUCACUUGUUGGCGUCUCUUUUGCGCGCACACAGAGGAGGAGGAGGGACACAGAAAAUGGCGGACGGUGUUGACCACAUCGAUAUUUACGCUGAUGUUGAAGAGGAGUUUAAUAAUCAGGAAUCAGAUUAUCCUGUUCAUGAGCAGAUUGACCUAUAUGAUGAUGUAAUUUCACCAUCUGCCAAUAAUGGGGAUGCACCUGAAGAUCGAGAUUACCUGGAUGCCCUACCUGCACCUGGAGGCGCUGAGGGUACCAAAGGGGCUCCGCCAAAUGUCGUCUACACUUACACUGGCAAAAGAAUUGCUCUGUACAUAGGCAACCUCACAUGGUGGACCACUGAUGAGGAUUUGACAGAUGCUAUUCGUUCGAUAGGCAUAAAUGAUGUGCUGGAGAUCAAGUUUUUUGAGAACAGAGCAAAUGGGCAGUCAAAAGGAUUUGCUCUGGUCUGUGUGGGUUCAGAUGCCUCGUCCAGGAAGCUAAUGGAUUUGUUGUCAAAGCGUGAACUGCACGGACAGAACCCACUCGUCACCCCAUGCAACAAGCAGUCGCUCAGCCAGUUUGAGAUGCAGUCGCGAAAAAGUGAGCAAGGUACACAGUCUGGACAGAUGUCUGGAGAGGGUAAAGCUGGGCCCCCAGGUGGGGGGCUGCGUGCUGGCUUUCCCCCUGGCAGGGGUCGAGGGCGCUUUCCAGGCCCACCUGGAGGUGGAGGUGAUCGUUUUCCUGGGCCAGUUGGUCCUGGUGGGCCGCCUCCACACUUCCCAGGCAUGCAAGGACCACCCCGUCCACCCUCUGGCCCUCCUGGGCCACCAGGACCCCCUGGCCCUCCACCACAUGGACAAGGUCUGAUGCCUCCUCUCGGUGGACCUCCUAACCGAGGGGACCGUCCCCCUCCACCAGUCAUGUUUCCCGGUCAGUUUGGUCAACCUCCAAUGGGUCCUAUGCCACCUGGACCACCCCCACCAGGCUAUUGCCCGCCACCAGGACCACCUCCCCCUCAACAGGGUCCGCCGCCUCCUGGGCCAUUUCCUCCCCGUCCUCCUGGACCCUUAGGACCCCCUCUUGGCCUCGCUCCCCCACCUCACAUGCAGGGACCUCCACCUGGAGGUCCACCACCUGCUCCUCACGUCAACCCGGCCUUCUUUCCUCCACCUGGAAACAACAACAUGCCAUCGUCUGACAACAGAGGGCCUCCACCUGGAGAUCCGUACGGCCGCCCACCAUAUGACAGGGACUAUGGCCCUGGUGGCAGUAACUUCAGGCCCCCUGUAGUAUGUGGCUUUGAGCCCUGGAUAAACGAAGGGUUGGUUGAUGUGAAAAACCCUGCUCAGCACUUGCACAAUACAAGUGAUCAAGGGGAUAUGGAUGCAGCUCGUACUCCCCUGAGCGAAGCAGAGUUUGAGGAAAUCAUGAAUCGAAACAGAGCAAUCUCCAGCAGUGCCAUUUCCAGGGCCGUAUCAGAUGCCAGCGCAGCUGAUUACGGCAGUGCUAUAGAGACUCUGGUGACGGCCAUUUCUUUGAUCAAGCAAUCGAAGGUUUCUGCUGAUGACCGCUGCAAGGUUCUCAUCAGCUCGUUGCAGGACUGCUUGCAUGGAAUUGAGUCCAAAUCCUAUGGAUCUGUUUCCAGUAGGCGGGAAAGGUCGAGGGAGAGAGACCACAGUCGCUCUCGUGAGAAGAGCCGCCGUCACAAGUCUCGCAGCCGUGACCGUCAUGAAGACUAUUACAGGGAGCGCAGUCGGGAGAGGGAUCGCCAUCGUGAGCGUGACCGUGAGAGAGACCGAGAGCGCGAGCGGGAAUAUCGCCACCGUUAGUUGGAGAGGAAGGUGUGUAUUCUGUUUGUGUGUGUGUUUUUUGUUUGCAGGAAUAGUGUACAUGCUGUACUUCAGUCUUAUCUCCAGCAGAGGGCAGGUAAGUGAUCAGGUAAGACUGAAUGUUCAGUUAUUCUUCUUAUGCCAAUUCUCUUUUUUUUAUGUAGUGAGAUGUGCAAGUACUCAGGUUCCUUUAUAUUGGUGUGUGUUGUGUCUUAAAAUUGUUUAAUGUGCAAUAUCAAACUCUGAAAUGACAACCCUUAGUUGUAGCAGAUGUGUUGUACGUGAUCCAGGGCUUUAUGUGGAAACUAUUUGCCUAAAAAGGAUUGUAUUUGUUUAAGAUUAGGUAUGGGUUAAAUAACUUGUUACUGCUUGUAACUUUUGGAUUUGUCGAUUAUUCAGUCAGUUGAGGUUUACUGGUAGUUAUUAAACCUGUUGUACUAUUGUAAUGUCUGCAAUUUGUAUCUGGAAAAAUCUUAAUUAUUGAUAUUUGGCUGAACUUGCAUGAUUUGAUUGAUCAGUGAUUUUGUGCAAAACAGAAUUUCACUUGAACCUUUACCUAAAAUGUAAGUUAUUGUUUGCAAAAAAGAUUCAAACUGUAUUACAUGUCUUGAAUUUGGCAUUUGGUUAUGUAAAUUUUACCUGUCAUCAUGAGUAAGUGUAGAAAAAUGGUUUGAAAUGGAUUGAUAAGAGAAAUGAUUGAAUGUUUUUAUCCCCCAAUAAGACUUUGCACUUAGAGAAUGUCAAUCAUGUAUUUCAUUUAUAUACUGUCAGCGAGUUUCUAUAAAAGUUAUUUUAGUGUUAUGGAAAUUACUGAUUUGUUGAUGGCGUUUUGUAUUUGUAAGGUAAAUAAGUGGCAUCACAUAUAUAUGAAGGUUUAUGUUUUAUAAAUUACACUUUCUCAAGGUCCAUAGUCUAAAAAACGUAGUUAAAUCUGCAAUACUUGGAUAAAAGCUUAGAUAAAUGUAUGAUAUUUUAUGCUUAGGUAAGUUUAAUCUCAUAUCGAACAUGGUCCUAGAAACUGUCAUGGCGAUAAAAGAAAAAAGUCGGAUAACUAUCUUUCUGAAAGUCCAUUUAUGAGUGCAGGUUAAACAUAAGCUGUUGAAGGUGUAUUUGAGACAUCACCAUUUGCUUCCUAAUUGUAUGUUUGUCAUUUUGACACUAUGGCCUACAAACAUUUUCUGAUAUGAUUUUAAACCUAAUGUGAUACAUGGGUUCUUAAAGUAGUUAAACCAAACAAAUCCAUGUUAAGUUAAACUUUUCUUGGUUUAUGCAAAUAUCCAUUCGUUGUUUUUUUUAUUUUUAUGAAAUGUUGGUGAGAUGUAGCAGUUCUUCACCAUUCACACACAAUCUUUUUAAACUUGGGUUGUCUUAAACAAACUCUAAUUUGAAAAAUCAUGCUUUUAUAAAGUUUGAGCCCUUCUGGGUAAAUACCAAUCUUAUUAUCCAUUGUUUUAUAUUCAUGUUUUCUAGUUUUUUAAAUGUGAAUGCAGAAGAACUGCUAUACUGCUUUUCAAAAAGGGACAUUUUAACGUUUAUUUUUUAUUUUUGUUCUAAUAGUGUUUUUGUAAUGCUGCUUUGAGUGAUAACAUAAGCAAUGAGUAUUUAAUGCAUUAUGCCCUUAGCUCUUUCUUAGUUUGUCAGGUUCCCUGUGUUAACCUGUUGCUUAAUAGCUCUGGUAUUUUUGUAAGUGAGUGUAAGUUUUUGGGACACCAUAAUAUAAUUUAUUGUACCAAUACUUUUCUGCCAAAUUAUGUACAAUUGUCUUAAACCCAAUUGCAAGGGCAAUGAAGGUCAUAUAAUUUUUCCAGUAGAGGAACAAGCUUUCCAAAGUGUGGCACACCAUGUUUGUUUAAAGCACUGUUGUAAAUGCCUCAGUGCUUUUUAUUUUAGCAGAUGCAAAAAAUUUCCACAAAGUAGUGCAUAAGGGCAUUUUUAGGACUUUAAUUUAAAAUAGACAAUUUUUCUUGUGUACUUUACACCCAAAGUUCCCAUGUUUUGUAGGUUUUAUCCUGAAACUUGCAUUUCAUGAACCCCAUUAAUACAUCCAACCCCCUCCUCUGUUCAGUUAUGUUCCUUCUAAAGGGGGUCACACACCAGCCAAGAAGCACAGUGUCAUGUUGCCCCAUGUCUUAAAAACUCCGUAACAUUAACAUUUUUAUCAGGAUACACACUUGCGGCACUCCGCUGUGACGGAAACAGUUGAAUAUUAAAUAGUUGAACAUUAACAUUGUUUUGAAAGAAAUAUCAUGAAAUUUAAUGGACUAAAUAACUACAAGAUAUGACAUCAGACUGGAAAACUGCAAAUUACACCCAAAGCAUUCAUAGGUUACCUGAUUCAUCAUUUAUUUAAAAAAAAGAAAACUAUAAAGGAUUAAACAUCAUUUAUGGAGAAAAUUAAUUUUUUUAUUGUUUAAAUGUGGCCUGUUAAAUGAAAUUAAAAAGAUUGUUAUCAGGAGACGUUGAUCUUGAGCUCACGCAUGCACAAUGUACGCAUCUGGUGUAUGGGAUGUGAUGCGGCACUGCGCUUCUCUCUGGUUGUUUGACCACCUUAAGAUGCCAUCAGAUGGUUGGACAAAUUGUCAUUCUUUAACAUUUGUCAUUUCAAUCACAUUGUAACAUUAACUGUAAUGGUGUUCAAAUUCAGUUAAAGAAACGUCAUCAUUGUUGAAUAUUUAGUCAUAUCUGUAAGUAAAACUGUUCACUCUCUACAUUUAUCGUGUGUACUAAAAUGGCCAAAAUGGAUAAUGUAAAGUAAAUUUAAAAGUGAUGUAAUAGGAUAUCAUGCCUUUAAUAUUGGAUGCCCAUGUCUUCUAUGACUAGCAGGUACUAAAAUGAACAUAAUGAUGUGUUUAUAUUUGUCCAGCCCUCCUGAAAUUUUGUUUCACUGAUUCACUAGAAACAAGCUGUCAUUUGUCUGUUAAAAUACUGUACUGUAGUUAGUCAUGCAGAGUAACUUAAAGAGUGAAAGGGCUUGUGUGACUGCUUGAGCUCAAGAGUUCACAGUCAUGAUACAGUAUUAUGCUUGAGUAGUUCACUUCAAAAAAGUUUUAAAUGUUAUACCCUGAGAGUUUUAGAUCAAAUAUGGUUUAAAGUUUUACAACUGAAGAAAGGAACGCUUUCAAAUUUGCUGCAUUUUAGUAAAUGUAAAUGUGAAGUUGUUUGUUCAGAGAUUGAGUCAGAAUCGUGUCAGGCAUUCGUAGUUGUUAAAUAUUUGAGGUCUAAAUAUCAGUUGGUGUUAUGUAGGUGAAAUGAUGAGAGUUUCUCAAGAUAUGUGAAUUUGUGCAGUCUUAUGGCAGAUCUUAAGUGGCAAAAUUUAUUAACCUUGUGAAAACUGUGAAAUGUCAUAAAAGUUGGCUUGUACAAAACAUACAACAUUUGUUUCUUUGAAAUGAACCGGUCUUGGAUAUUACAUUAGUAUGACAUGCAAAUGAAAAACUUUUUUUGUCUAACUUUGUUAAUGCUCGCCUGCAAUGGUGAACAAUUUAAUGAUUCAGAACCAUUUAUGGGUUUACCAUCACACUUUAAUCACAAGCACUCUUUAAAGCACUGUUGUUCAUGAAUUUCACAGAAACUAAAAUGUUUUUUGUACAAGUUCACUUAUAAGUUAUAUUAUUGCCAGGUUUAUACACAAGUUUACACACACCUUUUAUUACUAUUACAUUGUGAGAUUUCGUCUGUUUUUGUGCAUUAAGGUAAUUCAUUGCCUAGGACAGGGGUUUUCAAGGUCUUACGACGGCCUUUUUACACUGUAUACGUAAUAGCUGUUUUGAGAAAAUCUUCUGUGCAAAACAUUACAAACCAAUCAUGUGGAGCGCCUUGCUGUCAACUCUAUGAUCUAUUCUUUAAAGAGAGAGUUCACCCAAAAAUGAAAUUGACAUUUACUCACUCUCAUGUUGUUAUAAACUUGUAUAAAUUUCUGAAAAUAUUUUGAGGAAUCUUUGUAACCAAACCAUUCAUGAUUCCCAUUCAUUUCCAUCUUAUUCUUUUUUCCUAAUGUGGAAGUCUACUUUCCUACUAUUUUGAGAAAUUAUGGUAAACGCACAGCAGUAAGUGACCAUAGACUUCCAUAGUAGGAAAAAAAUAUUUUGGAAGUAUUGUGAUAAAUGACUAAGAAAAUAUUUUGAUAAAUGAUGGUAAGCACACAGUUGACGGUACCCAUUAAAUUCCAUCAUAUUUUUUUUAUUCCUACUAUGGAAGUCUAUGGUCACUUACUGCUGUGUGUUUACCAUCAUUUCUCAAAAUAUCUUUUGUGUUCACCAGAAAAAAGAAAUUUAUACAGGUUUAAAACAACAUGAGGAUGAGUAAAUGAUGACAGAAUUUUCAUUUUAAAGUGAACUAUGACAUGACGGCUAACAAGUUAUCCAGUACAAUUCCAUUGGCAUGGCAAUGAAUAUCAGCCCCGAAAAUUUAAGGGUGCAAGUUUGGCUAUAAAAUGUUUUGUCUCCUGUAAACAGCGAAACUGUGUGUGAACGUGAAUCUAAAUUUAUUCUGCUGUGUGACAGAGAUUUUAACAUUGUGUAAAUGUGUGUAGAUUCGUUCGACCCCACACUUUGAAAACCUCUGGCCUAAGAUAAAUUAAAAACACUAAGUAUGAAUAUUCAAUAUUCACGUCCUGUUGGUUCUGGAUCUAUUUAAUAUGGUAUUGGGUACAAUGUUUCUUAUGUGUGCAUGCCAAUGUCUUUGAAUGUGUUUUAUUCUUCACACUGUAUUGAUAUGAUUUAAGGGCUUUAUCUCAGUCUAUGUAGUCUCAUACUUCAGGUUUUAUAGUUAACAGCAUUAUUGUAUUGACGAUCACUGCACUCUUAACAGUGCGUGUAAUGUUGGGAAUUGUACCAAAUUUAGUACAUUUAACUAUUUACUUGAGUAAUAUAUAAACCAUACUAAAAAAUACAUAAAUUGAUGUCACUGUUCUGGUUUAAAGUAAAACAGCCCUUUACUGUUGUGUGUUUCUUCUGAAAUGAAGUUAUUUGCAUGCUUGUGUAUGUGUGGGACAGUCUGAGCGUGUGUAGAUGUAGAUGGAAAACAUCUUUGUGUGUUUCUGGGUUCAGUGCCCCCAAAACAAACUGCCACCUUCAUUUUGACACCUUUCAGCUGAACGCAAGAGGAGGAGCAGUGACGCCAGGAGCGACGCAGAUUCAUCCGACAGCGCCCCAUCAUCACGGAGACUCCAGGCCGGACUCCGGAUAAACUCUGCAACGCUAAAGUUGUGUAAAAUAUUCUAUACUCUUAAUUCCCGACAGCUUUUUAUUUUUUACCUUUUAUUUGAAAGUAGUUGUGUGCAAGUAAGUUCAGCUAUACGAUGAAAGAAUCGCUUGCCUGCUCUAUUCUAAAUACACAAAACAACUUUCAGGCUCUACUAUAAUGUGUAAAUUGUCAGUUAGCUAGAUUUGUUUUUAUAGGCAUUUUUGUUUUUCUCUUUUUCACCUUGUCCAUGUUUGUGUCUUCUGCAUUGAUUAUUAAAUAGAUUGUGUUGUAAUAAAGUGUGCAUUGGGGUUGCUGCUUAUUCAUAUUGAAUUUCCUUAGCAUUUUAAUGUAGAGUUUUGGGUUGGACCACAGACUCGAAUGUUUACAUUUUAGUUUUUGCUGUAAAAAUGGCUCUGUGAUUUCUGCAGUUCGCCCUGUUGAUCCAUUACUGUGCCUUUUCCAGUAAAGUCAUUACAUGGUUUCACAAUUUGGAGGUUAAUAACUAAAAUACUUACUUUCUUUUUUGUAAUCAUGAUCAUGAGAUUAUCAAGGAAAUACUCAUUCAAAAUGUGUGCCAUUUGGUCAACAUUAAUAUAUCAAAGUGUUAUUAGAACUCGCAUGAGUGUAGAUCUGAUAAAUUUUCUUCAUGUCAAUUCGUUUUUUCCUUUUGCAUUUGUAAUUGGAUUUUAAUGGCUCUAUGUCAGAAACUUUAUUGGUCCAUGUGCAAAAAGUUGAACAAUUCCUCAUGUUCGUGUGUGUGUGUGCAGACCAAGAUGUCAUGGAGAAGCCUCAAUUAUCUUUGAAUGAAUGUAGUACAUGUAUAUUAGCUAGAUUAAUAAGCUUUUAUUGUUGCAAACAGAAUUUCACUCAUUGUGUCAGUUUUUCUAAAUGUUUGACCUUAUAAACAAAACAUUUUUACACUUAAAAGUAUAUAUUUAAACAGUUUGGAUUGCUAAAAUCUGAUGUUUUACAAAUAAGCUUCUUUUAAAGAUGUUAAAUAAACUAAUCUUAAAGGUAAAGUACUCAUUUGAAGUCCCUUAGAUGUUUUGAACGUGUAAAUGCCUUUACGUGCAAUGUCACUGACUUCUGUGUGUCUGUUAGGGUGAAAAUGUGGAUCAAAUACCACUCAUGUUUGAAAGUUUCAGAGGAAUCAUAUGAAUAGUUCAAGGUUUAAAAAAAAUAUUGUUCAAAAGUGCUGCUUAACGUUGAAAGAGGAUUUUAGUGUUCAUGCAGCCAGUUUCGAGUUGGAAACUACAUGUGUGUGCCGGCUCGUCCUUAAACUCACAGCCAUCUGGACUAAGAGGUAAGUUUGCCUUGUUUUUUUGUUUUAGAUGAGCUCUUAAAAUUGCACUGAUUUUGUAUUCGCAAACCAAUUGCCUUUUCCUGCUUUGACAAAGUUCACAGUCUUAUUUCGAGGCUAAAUGUCAAUUUCUCAGGGAUGUUUUUCCUAAUUGUUCAUGGUUGACUUGUAUGAUUCAGUCCACUACAUGCAUGCUUAAUGUGGUCUACCAAAUGUAUCCUCUCGAUAGUAUACAUUUAGAGAGGAAUUAAAACUUUUCAAAUAUUUUGCAAGUCAAUAAAUCUUUUCAAACUA